AUGCUAGAUUCCGAAAUUCACGACCUCUCAGACGACGCCGAUUACGCUGCGUCACUGCAACAAGGAUCUGCUAGCGUGAUGCUGUGUAACGACAGUACGAAAGAAAGUUCUUCGGCCAGUGAGCUUGAUGGUGCUGAGAUUGUGUAUUCGAAGGAGAAUGUUGCGAUUCAUCCUACUCAGUUUGCUAUUAGUGGGAGAUUGAAGUUGAUUAAGCAAGGGUCUUCGUUGUUUAUGACUUGGAUACCUUAUAAAGGGCAUACCGCAGAUACUGGCUUGUCAGAUAAAGAUAGAAACCUUUACACUAUUAGGGCGGUGCCGUUUACUGAGAUCAGGUCAAUCCGGAGGCAUACUCCUGCUCUUGGAUGGCAAUAUAUCAUUGUUGUUCUAUCGUCAGGACUUGCCCAUCCCCCACUAUAUUUCUAUAGCGGUGGAGUCAAAGAAUUCCUUGCUACAAUAAAGCAACAUGUUCUUCUUGUGAGAUCUGCGGAAGAUGCAAACGUGUUCCUAGUAAAUGAUUUUCAGAGUACACUGCAGAGGACUUUGUCUUCCUUGGAAUUGCCCAGGGCUGUUCCUCUUGCACAUGGACCUUCAAAUAUGUCUGUUGAUGAGUCCACUUUGAAUGAGAACGAAGAAAGGAAUGAUAGUGGUGUAAAUAAUGGAAGUGUAAGUGUUCCUCAGUUCCACAGGAGACCAAGACAUAAAGUUCAAGAUCCUGCACGGGACCUCUCUAUACAAGUUUUAGAGAAGUUCUCUCUUGUUACUAAGUUUGCCCGUGAAACAACUUCACAACUCUUCAGAGAAAAUCAGACUAAUGGAUUUAGUAUCAAUGAGAGGAGAACCCAAAUCCAGACUAACCUUGACUCUCCGAAGUCUUCCAAUGUUGCAGGAAAAGUUUCAGACGAAAGUUCUGCUGUCCCAGAUUCUCAGGAGUUUGACAAUUUGUCACUAGUAUGGGGAAAACCGCGACAACCCCCUUUAGAUUCUAAAGAGUGGAUUACCUUCUUGGAUUCUGAAGGGAGAGUCACAGAUUCAGAAGCUAUGAGAAAGAGAAUAUUUUAUGGUGGCCUUGACCACGAAUUACGAAAUGAGGUCUGGGGUUUGCUUUUGGGAUACUAUACGUAUGACUCAACAUAUGCUGAGAGAGAAUUUCUGAAGUCAGUCAAGAAGUCAGAGUACGAGAACAUAAAGAACCAGUGGCAGAGUAUCUCCCCGGCUCAGGCUAAACGAUUCACGAAAUUCAGGGAAAGGAAAGGGCUUAUUGAGAAAGACGUGGUGAGAACUGAUAGAUCAAUCACUUUCUAUGAGGGGGAUGAUAAUCCAAAUGUAAAUGUUCUGCGAGAUAUCCUGUUGACAUAUUCAUUCUACAACUUCGAUCUUGGUUAUUGUCAGGGAAUGAGUGAUCUUCUGUCUCCCAUAUUGUUUGUGAUGGAUGAUGAAUCAGAGGCAUUUUGGUGUUUUGUUGCUCUGAUGGAACGCCUCGGGCCCAAUUUUAAUCGUGACCAAAAUGGCAUGCACUCUCAACUUUUUGCAUUAUCUAAGUUGGUGGAGCUGUUGGACAGUCCAUUACAUAACUAUUUUAAGCAGCAUGACUGCCUCAAUUACUUCUUUUGUUUCCGCUGGAUUUUGAUUCAAUUUAAAAGGGAGUUUGAGUACGAGAAAACAAUGCUCCUGUGGGAAGUUUUAUGGACACAUUAUCCGUCGGAACAUCUGCACCUCUAUGUAUGUGUUGCUGUCUUGAAACGAUACCGGAAUAAAAUAAUUGGAGAGGAAAUGGACUUUGACAGCCUUUUGAAGUUUAUAAAUGAGCUAAGUGGUCACAUCGACCUUGAUGCAACAUUAAGGGAUGCAGAGGCUCUAUCCAUCUGUGCCGGUGAGGAAGGUGCAGCUCGUAUCCCACCCGGUACUCCACCAUCGCUGCCUGUUGAUGAGGGUUCGUUUUACAUUCAACAAGAUGACGAAGUAUUGUAA